UAACACUUCCCUAACCAAUUCUCUUACCGCGCGCUCACUCGGAAAUAUAUAUACUCUUUUCAAGAAUCCUUAAUAUCCUAACCGCUCAUUUCUCACAGAUAAUCUCUCUCUCUCUCUCUAGAGUCUUGAUUAGACUGAUCAGCUUGAGUGUCUUCCUUCCAUGGCGAUUACCUCCUCACACUACUUCGCUUUGCUCAUCUUCUCGAUUAUAUUGCUCUGCUUCGGUAGCACAUCUGCCAUUGAUGAUGGACCAGAGCAACCACCAAGCCUCGCUCCGAUUCCGCCAUUAACGUCUCCACAAGACCUUCAAAAUCAGCAAGCGUUCUUCACAAACAUAGCGUUACUGCCUCAUAUCCUGUCUCAACUCGGAUACAAUGACUUGGCGACGGCAGCUCCGUCUCUCUCUGCAGAUUCAUCUCCAUCGGCCUGGAUCGGGCCUUUCACUCUUUUCGCUCCAUCCGACACGGCACUCCGAUCAUGCAUCUCUUGCUCCGUCCCGAACCUUCUCCGCGAGCACAUCGUUCCUGGCCUCUUCAGCAUGGAUUACCUCCGGAAUCUGGCGUUCGGAACCAAGAUCGAGACCUUGAGCCCCGGUCGCUGCCUGACAAUCACCGCGGAAAGAUCACCGCUCGGGAGCAAUGAGACGGCGUCAUCUAAGAUCUUCAUUUCUGGCUUGGAGAUAACGCAACCAGAUCUGUUCAGUAAUGGUCUUAUCAUCGUUCACGGUCUCAAACAAGACGGCAGUUUCGUUUCUCCUCUUUCUCCACUCUCUUGCGAUAUCGAGAGGAUUACGAGUACUUUCAACAUCAAUCCCGAUCACUAUCGCGGUGGCGGCCAACAGCGGCCAUUCUCUUCACCUUCAAUUCAGCCGUCGAUCAUCACUCGCCUCAUGCUUAGAGACGCCAUGCUCAGACUCCGGAACAACGGUUUCGGCAUCCUUGCUCUCGCCAUGAAAAUCAAGUAUCCAGAGCUCGUAAAUCUAAGCAACAUGACGAUCUUCGCUCUAGAUGAUAUCUCAAUCUUCUCUGGCUCCCAAUCUUACAUCAAUAACAUCAGGUUUCACAUAGUCCCUAACAUUUACUUGACUUUCGAGGAUCUCGAGAAAUUGCCUCUGGGAACGCUUCUGCCGACUCUGGUCCAGGAUCAAACGCUUGUGAUCACCACCUCUGGUAUUGGAGGAUUGAACCCGGCGCCAAUGAGGAUCAACUAUGUGAGGAUUAAAAUUCCGGAGGUGAUAAAGAAUCUCAAGAUCGUAAUCCAUGGAGUGUUCUUGCCAUUCCCACAUAUUCAUCCAGUGGCCGCUGUGUAUGAUGAAAUUCUUGGAGGAUCUGGCGGAUCAGGAGUUGGAGGAUCAUCAUCAGACUCGUCGUCAGCUCGUGUCGAAGGAACGUGUUAUCCUUUCUUUGGUGAAGGAGCUUGUGUUCAGGUGGCCAUGCCUCCUCCGACCAAACCGACGGUGGAUAUCGAAGAUCAUCAUGGACUGUGACUGUGAGUGUGAGUACGUAUACGGGAACAGAUAGCUAGUGUUCUGUUAGUGUCGUGAAUUUUACCGUCUUCAUAUUUUAGGUUUCUUUCCUUUGACUUUGGUCAACGACUGGUAUGUGUCCGUACAUACCUGUAUUCCUUUGUAACGUUUUGUGUACGAAUCACUGGGCUCUCUAUCUUUUGUGGAAUUUUAAUGAAAACUACCAUUUGUUUCGCAAAGUAAUGAAAAGUACCAUAACUUGUGCGUUAAAA